AAGAAAAAAAACCAAAUAUGCCACCAGGGUCAUCAAGAGCCAACAUAAGUGUUGGUUCAUUUGAAGCUUUUCUUCAAGGUUGGUUAAGACGUCAAGAAGAAUUGUUGAAUGAACUUACAAUAACACAAAACACACUUGAUGAAUCAAUUAUACGAAACCUUAUUUCGCGUAUUUUAGCUCAUUAUCAAGAAUAUUACGAAGAAAAAUCAAGAAUGUCACAUAUAAAUGUGUUCUACAUGUUUUCUCCAUCAUGGUUUAGUCCAUUAGAAAAAAGUUUCUUAUGGAUUGCUGGGUUUAAACCAGGAUUAGCCUUUCCACUUGUAAUGAAUUCCGUUAAUGAUUUGACUGAAAAUCAAAUUGAAAUGAUUAAUGGCCUAAAAAUCGAAACGAGGAUCCAAGAGAGGGACCUUAUGGAUAAAUUAGCUAAGAUUCAAGAAAGUGUCGCUGCACCGCCGUUGAUGGGACUUGCACAGCAGUACGGAAUGGAAAUGCUUCGAGACGGAGAAAUUAGUGAAGUGGACGAGGAGAUGGAGAAACUAAGAACCGCUAUGGAGAAUGUAGUAACAGAUGCAGAUAGAUUGAGGACAAAAACAGCAGAUGGUGUGGUGGGAAUUCUAAAUCCUUUGCAAAGUUUGAAGUUUUUGGCAGCAGCAGCACAACUUCAACUAAGAAUAAGGAUGGUUGGUAUGCAGAGAGAAGCAGAGAGGAGACACCAAAUGGAUACUUCAAAUGGUUGGUAGAUUUGGUUUUUGGGGCGGAACCAAAUAAAUGACUACUUGAAUCGCGAUUUUGAGCAUAAAAGACUUUCGAGUUUGGGUUUUUUGAGACUUGUUUCAUAAAUAACAAGUACUUUUGGUGUGUUAUAUCUAAGUUGGGACUUAUUUUGAAGUAGUGGUAGUAGAUAAUUUUUGGUUAGGCAAUAUAUAUACAUAUAUGUAUUCUCAUAAUAAUAAGACUUUGGGUGAAUGUUUUACCUUCUUGCUUUUAUUGA